GAGAUGAGCCGAUGAUCACUCUUGAUAUUUUUUCGACACUCACUCCUGCUCCAAACUUCAAAUAACACUCUUUGGGCAUCACAACAAAAAUAUUCUCGCCCAGAUUUUCUUGAGGCUCCGAAAUUGAAUCCAGAGGUUGAACCAGCGAUGCAAGAAGCGGCAAUAAAAAGAGAUAAACACUUCCUAGAAAACCAAAAUAAUAUUGGCUCGGCGAUUGCGAGCGUAGGCUCUGCGUUAUCUCUAAUACUGUCAGCAGACGAGGAAGGUUUAGACGAACUCUUAAUUAUAGAAAGACUUUCUGAUACGAUUAGAUUCUUAGCUGAUCUUUUUAACAAACAGACAGUUUGUAGGAGAGCAUUUAUUUUACCGGGCUUAAAACCUAAGUUAAAAGCAGCUCUGGAAAAGACUAAGGCGGAAGAGUUUCUUUUCGGAAAAGAAUUGAGUGAAAAAAUCAAACAAGUAGGCGUUAUGGAAAAAAUGGCUAAGACACUUAAAGAACAACCACCUAAGAAGCAGAAUACUUUUUUUCCAAAAAACUGGAAAGGCCAUCCAGGGAGGACCUGGAACAGUACUCAGCCAUAUCAACAACAGAACCAAUCGAAACGUCGAUUUUUCAAGAAGAAGACUCAAUAUCAAAAUCGCUCUCAGAAUUCGAGCACCAAGUCAGCAACGGUGAACGACAAGAAAACAACUUAGAUACAAAAUGCCAAAGAGACAUAGAAAGUCAAGUGAUAAGGAUUCAACGGAAAGAUUGGAGAAAAAAAUCCGAAAAUAUCAAAAGAUAUUGAGCAAUCGUCAGGAAGUAGAAUUGGAGGUUAGAAUCUUCCGAAAAACAGAUUGACCCGCAAUUAG